UUCAGUUUAUCUCAGAAACUGCUGGUGCCCGGAUAUGCGCUUUGUUUGCGUGUAGCAUGAGAGUAAUGACAAAGGGCAAUGCAUUGAUUGUGUGACAGAUGGGCUUUUGUGUGAAAUGUACGUCUCACCACCGACAUGACCUCCAGCGUCACACGUAGAGGAGUGCAGUGCGUACGGGUGGGAGUUGUCUGGAGAAACGCAUUGUUGUGUUGGGGGAUGAGCAGUCGGUAGUGCUGCUGCUGUUACUGUGCUAUUUGCCUCCUGGUCGACUUCGGCUAGCGAGUGACUCUAACCUAUGAAUGGUCCACAAAGCAGAUGACUGUGUGUUCUCUGUAGAUUUGAAAACCGAAACUUCCCAGGCACCAAAAACAGGCCUCUUUCUCUCUUUCUCUCCACUACCGCCCGUCGGAUGAGAACAGUGUGUACGGAUAUAGAGCCACUUAGCAGGCCAUAUCGCCAUUGCUUUGUAAGGCUGCCUUGCUACCGUCUUCUUCAACUAGCUAAACUGUUCCAACCGAGCAACACGGAGCGGCAGUAUGAAGAAGAAAGCUCGGCAGCACCGGGCUGCGGUGCCACAGAGGCCGCCAUCUCCCAUCAAGCCUUCCCCCAACAAGCAGAUCUUGACUUACGCUCAGGCGCAGCGUAUGGUGGAGUUCGACAUCGACGGUCGUCUUCACCGGGUCAGCAUUUACGAUAAGCUGGACGUGAUCUCUGACGAUGACCCCACGGUGCAGGAGAUGAUGGAGUGCACCAGCAAUAAGGAGAACGCAGAGAAACCGCAGCAGCAAGUCCUCCUGCGGUCGGUCAGACUAAAAAACAACCAGGAGAAGAGAAAUGCCGCACUGGGGAUCACUGGUCCUGGAGAGGGUGUAGGACAAAAUACUGGCGUUAAUGCCGGUCCAAAGCUUCCAGAGCCUAAAUUUCGUACAGUGGAAUAUAAUCGCCCGGCAGUUCCUAAGCGUCCAGCUGUGUUUUAUAAAUACAUAGAAAAGACAGAGGAAGAGCUGGACGAGGAAACGGAGUAUGACAUGGAUGAGGAAGACUAUGCCUGGCUGGAUUUGGUCAAUGAGAAACGAAAAAGCGAAGGAGUCAGUCAGGUCUCUUAUAAUGUUUUUGAGUUUCUUAUCGACCGCUUUGAGAAAGAGUUGUACCUGGAGAGUCUGGAUCAAUGCAGUGAAAGUCAUGUUCCUGUUGACGAGGACGCAGUCUGCUGCAUCUGCAUGGAUGGAGAGUGUCACAACAGCAACGCUAUCCUGUUUUGUGAUAUGUGCAAUUUGGCUGUGCACCAGGAAUGUUAUGGUGUACCUUACAUUCCUGAGGGCCAGUGGCUCUGCAGACACUGUCUCCAGUCACCCAACCAGCCUGCCGACUGCAUACUUUGUCCCAAUCAGGGUGGAGCGGUAAAAAAGACAGAUGAUGACCGUUGGGGCCAUGUAGUGUGUGCCCUCUGGGUACCUGAGGUUGGCUUUUCAAACACCACCUUCAUCGAGCCCAUCGACGGCGUCAGCCACAUUCCUCCAGCUCGCUGGAAGCUCACCUGCUACCUCUGCAAGGAGAAAGGCGUUGGGGCUUGCAUCCAGUGUCACAAAGCAAACUGUUAUACGGCCUUCCACGUCAGCUGUGCCCAAAAGGCCGGCCUCUUCAUGAAGAUGGAGCCGAUCAAAGAAGUGACUGACUCAGGAGAUCCUACGUUCUCUGUGAAAAAGACAGCCUACUGUGGAGCUCACACGCCUAACGGGUGUAUAAGGAGACCACUUACAAUCUAUGAUGAUGCCAAACCCAAAAAUGGACUAUGUAAAAAAGGUGGAGGUGUUGGUAAAGGGCAGUCAAAAGGAAAGAAGAAGAGUAAGAGUAAGAGUAAGAAGCCUGAGCCUGAGCCUGAGCCUGAGCCUGAAAGUGAAGAUGCAGGCCAUGUUAGUGUGCCUACAUUUCCUGCUCACAGGUUACAAACCAUUCUGAACCAGGUGUCAGUUCAGAAGAAGAAAGCCUUUGUGGAGCUGGUCCUGAAUUACUGGACGCUUAAGAGGCAGUCCAGGAAUGGGCUUCCCCUCAUCAGGCGCCUCCAGACAAGCCUGCAGUCUCAGAAGAAUGCGCAAGCGGUUUGUUUGUCUAGGCAGAAUGAGGAGGAGAGCAGGGCACUGAAGGACCAGUUGAAGGAAUGGCAUCGUCUCAGACACGACCUGGAGAGAGCCCGUCUGCUGCUGGAGCUGAUCCGCAAGAGGGAGAAGCUAAAGAGGGAGGAGAUCAAACAGCAGGAAACCCUCCUGGAGAUGCAGCUGACUCCUUUCAGUAUUUUGCUCCGGGCCCUCUUGGACCAGCUCCAGUCGAAAGACCAGGCCAAGAUCUUCACCCUGCCGGUCGAUGUCAGCGAGGUGCCCGACUACCUCGACCACAUCAAGCACCCAAUGGACUUCUCCAGCAUGCGGCAGCGCAUCGACGCACAGGGCUACAACAACUUGGAGCAGUUUGAGAGCGACUUCAACCUCAUCGUUGAUAAUUGUAUGAAGUAUAACUCAAAAGACACAUACUUUUACCGGGCUGCUGUCCGCCUCCGAGACCAGGGCGGGUCUCUGCUUCGAAAAGCCAGAAAAGAUGUGGAGAAAAUCGGCUUUGAUUCGGAGAGCGGCAUGCAUCUGUCGGAAGCGCCUGAAAUGAAGGCGACGCCAUCGUUUUCUUGGGAGGACGUGGACCGCCUAUUAGUGCCAGCCAAUCGGGAGCAUCUUUCUCCGGACAAGCAGCUGCAGCAUCUCCUGGAGAAGUUUGAUCUGACCUGUGCCAUGAAGUCCAGCCCGUCCCGCAGCAAGCGCCUCAAGCUUCUCAAGAAGACCAUCAACGACGUGCGCAACGAAAUGAGCCUGAAGAGAGUCCAUCCAUCCCACCAUCACCAUCGCUCUUCCUCCUCGACUCCCUCCACAUCGGCGUCAUCGUCAUCAGCUUUACCCCACCCACCAGAGCCGAGGAAACCUAAAGAAGAGAGACUGGAGGCCAAUGGACAUUUUCUAGAUGAUGAGGCAGACAAGUCUCUUCCUCCUAAACUGGAACUGUCAGACUCCAUCCCUCCCCUCAUCCACUCAGACGCACACCCCGAGCCCCCCACCCUCAAACCCAUCGAUGCCGCUCCAGACUGUGAGGACAAGACUCACAGCAAGUGCGUCAAAUUCGACCGAGAACUACCAGACCUUCUUUCCUCCGCUCACUGCCUCAACGGUUUCUCCCACGAUAGCCUCCAGGACUCCCUUCUGGACGGAGACGUGAGCGUGGUGGCCACGUCGACCCUCGCCGAGCCCACGGGCACGGUUAACCGCCGGACCGCUGUGCUGUUCUGCAAAUCAAAGACCACAAGUCCGCACAAGCCUGCCAGGCCCGGGGACGAAGGCGCCGAGGGAGCCGCCGGGAAAGAGGGCGAAGAUGAAGAGGGGGAGGAAGAUGAAGAAGCACAGCUGGGCUCCAAAUCCUUCCUGUCAGUGGUCAUACCGCGGCUUGAGACGCUUCUUCACAGCAAGAAGAGAAAGCACAGCGGCGGCGGAGACAGCGAGGAAGAGGGAGGAGAGGGAGAGCGUGAAGAGGAGGGAGAAUCCCCUGUGAAACGGCUCGACACUGGUUUGUCGAGGGGUUUCCUGGAGAUGGAAGAGGAGGGGGAACUAGAACACUCCAGCAGAGCGAGUCGACCCGUGGAGCCAAGAAGACGCUGCGCCUCCGAGUCUUCCAUCUCAUCAUGUAGCAGUCUGCAAGGCAGCACCAGCACUAUUCUCAGUCUUCCAAAAUGUGGGAAGGGAAAACCCGCCUUGGUCCGGAGAAACACUGUGGAUGAUAAGAGCGAGUUAAUCGCCUGUAUCGAAAACGGGAACUUUGCGAAAGCUGCAAGAAUUGCUGCCGAGGUUGGCAACAGCAAUAUUUGGAUGCCCGCUAGUGCUGCAACAGUUGCAUUGGAACCACUAAAGCUAGUUUGGGCCAAAUGUAGUGGAUACCCUUCCUACCCUGCCUUGAUCAUCGACCCCCACAUGCCGCGCAUGGGCUGCCAGCACAACGGGGUGUCCAUCCCCAUGCCCCCCAUGGACGUGCUCCGCAUCGGAGAGCAGAUGCAGUACAAAGCCGAAGAGAAACUCUACCUCGUCCUCUUCUUCGACAACAAGCGCAGCUGGCAGUGGCUUCCUAGAUCCAAGAUGGUUCCUCUUGGAAUGGACAAGACCAUAGACAAAAUCAAAAUGAUGGAAGGACGCACAUCCAGCAUCCGCAAGGCCGUCCAGAUUGCCUUCAGCCGGGCCAUGAACCACCUGAGCAUCGUGCAGGACGAGCCAGUCAGCGACCUCAGCGACGUGGACUGAUGCUGACACUCUACCCUCACCCAAACACACACACACACACACACACACUCGUACCUCUCCUCUACCAAAUACCUUCCUCUCCCCUCCUGUCUUUCCGUCUCUGCAGGAGACUCUAAUGUUUACUGGGCACCUGCUGUAACAGGUGGUGCCUCUUGCUCAUCCGUUCCUACCUACACACACUCCUACCCUGUGCCGAUAGGAAAAAGGCUGCUGCUGAAACGAAUGUGUCCAACUCUUCUCCGCUUUUUCCCCGGGCUUGUAACUGUGCUAAGAGACGACUCCUUUUAUCCACACUCCGCUCCCUCGCGACACCAAUCAUGACUUUCAUUUAAUUUCAUCAUUUCAAGGCAAGAAAUGUGAGCUACUCAUUUCUUUACUUUGGUCAUUUUUUACCAAAUGUGUUUGUUUUUCCAUUGCGUUAUUUUGGCAGGUAGCCAAACAUCAUUUCUGUGUUACGACACAUACAGUAGCUGGUGAAGUGACUGAAAUGGACACAAUUGUACUCUUUGAGCCUACAAGAAGGCUUUUUUAGUUAUAUGAAAAUUAGGGCUGUCAGCAUUAAUGCGUUAAUCAUGAUGCGAUUAAACUCUGAAACAUUAAUUGCAUGCUAUUUUGUCCCUUGAGGCGCACCGUAGAUAAGCCUCCACAGUGUCUCCCUAUAGUCGCAGUGAUGGAUAAGAACGACACCACAGCGCCUUUGAAUGUCUCAUUUCACUUAAAAAACAAAACAAAAAAAAACUCUCAGACAGCUCAGCUGACAAAUCAAAAGUCAUAACCAACAUAUGAAAUCAAACAUUAUACUUUUUUUUUCUCGCUAACAGAAGUUCUUUAUUUUUCUUUCAAAAUAAAAGCAGGUUUGCAUCCAAACAGGAUGUAAAUUACCCUUGACUGAAGACAGUAGAAAAAUUCAAAAUAAAAGCAUAGCAAAAACUGUUUUGAACGGCAAAAUAAUUAUUUCAAACAUGCGAUUAAAAAAAAUUCAAUUAAUCGAGAUUAACUAUGAAAAUGACGUGAUUAAUCACGAUAAAAAAAGUUUCAUCGUUUGACUGCCCUAUAUUCAAUGCAUUUGUAGCCAAAGCCUGCGUUUCUGUCAGUGUCACAUUAACUUACUGGUCCUCUCCAUUUACAAAAAAAACAACCUUAUUUUGUAUUUAAACUGUAAAUAAAUCUGUACAGUUGCCUGACACUAACUUAUUUUGUACUUUUUACAUAAAUGGGUCUUGUACAGUUUUUUUUCAAGUAUUUAUACUCGACACACAUUCUUGGCACUAAAGUGCUAUGCUGACAGUGCUGUAUGAUCAAGAAGGAUACAAAUGUGUAAAAAGCCUUAGUAUUCAGGAGAUUAGGGCUACAAUGUCAUGUUUCUGAACCGGGGGGGAAAUAAUCCCUGUUUGGAUUUUUAAGUUAUUGAAGUUCAUAAUCGUACGCUUCCAUUUGGCAUUAAUCCUUUUUGUAUUAAAAACCUGUUUUUGAUAUCUUUUUGUUCAUUUAUAUAUUUAUAUGGUUUGAAUACACGGUAAUACAGUAUAUAAAUAAAUAUAUAUAUAUAUAUAUAUGUUUCUGAAGCUCAUACAAGGCAGACUGAUGUUUGUGAACACAGAACGUUUAUUGUUCUUAUGAAAACCAAAAAUGUUGCUACCCAGACGUUUGCGCUGAUUACUGAUUUCCUGUGAUGUGCAAAAAAUGUUGCCAAAAAAAAACUACAAAAAAAGGAGUGUAUUUUUAAGUGAAACAUUUGACUGUUACCUGGUUUUGAUGUAGUCUUAGGGAGGUGUGCCUGUGUUAACUUAUUGUACAUUCAAGGAAAGACUUGCAAACUUGAUUGUGGUAAAGUGGCACAUUUUGUGGACGAUACUUUGCCUUCUUUUUAAGUAACCCUUUUUCUAACUCUUUUGUAGUUUUAGACUUCAAGACAUUUCAUUUUAUACGAUACCUAUUUUCUUCUGGGUAGCAUUGGGUAGUUUUUGGUAUAUUUCUUUUUGUACUUCAAUGUAGUCGUUUUUCUUUUCUUUCUUUUCUAUCAGGUCAUACAAAAUUUGCUGGGACUGUUUUUGUAGUAAAUAAAAAAAUAAAGAUGCAAAUUUGAUAA